UGGAUAUUGAGAUAAAGAGAUUCGUAGUACAGUUUCUGGCGUUACGUUUAUAUUUGUCCGACGGUUUCAGGACUCUUCUCUACGUAGCGUCUCCAAUCCACUUGAACUCACUCAAGUACAAUCAUCUUACGGGGCAACGUCCAAAAAAUGCUGUCAAGUCUAUGAAGGUUUUGAAGGUUCCUUAACUAGCAAGUCUUAAGAAAUGCUUCAUUUUUUCCCUUCAGGUGUCACAUGAAGUCGCGUAAGGUGCGAUGCCUGAGACAAACCACAGAGCUGAGUGUCUCUUCAGAUUCUGAGGAGGAUCGUCUCGAAGAUUCUACUGCACCUGUUGUUGCAGACUCCACAGUAGUUGUGGAAGCAAUAAGAGAAUUGCAAAAACUAAGGAAACGACCAGCUGGAGUAAGCUUGUCUGCACUAGCCACUGGUAAAGAAGUUCCAGAUCUCAAUCUAACAAUCGCCAACGACCCAUUUAGACUUAAGACUGGUGGUCUAGUUGACCUAAACAGUAUUUCAUCUGCUAAACAAUCCGAAGAGGACGAUGACGUUGAAGCUCGUCUAGCCAAAACGUUCGCCACAGAAACUAAUAAGAGAGAUGAAGAUGCCGAAAUGAUCAAGUACAUCGAGGAGGAAGUAGCCAAACGAAAGGGAUUAAUUAAACCCUCCACCCUAGACCGGGAUGAAGAUUCAGACUUACUACAGGAUGUUCCUGAGUAUCUCAAACCUUCAAUUGGUCAACAGAAGGAAGACAUGUUAUCCAACCAAAUGUUAUGUGGUAUCCCUGAAGUUGAUUUGGGUGUAGAAGCGAAAAUGAAAAACAUAGAAGCCACAGAAGAAGCCAAGCAAACACUUUUUAGAAAAAGAUUAAGUCGCAAACAUGGUUAUUCAACAGAUCACAUAGCACCAAAUAGUAUGGCAGUCAACUUCGUUCAGCACAGUCGGUGGAAUAGUUACACAAAUGGAAUCAGUAAAAGAGCUGAUUUGAACAACGAACGAGAACUCAACCACAUAGCCAAUAAUAAUACAAACAAGCUGGAAUCAACGAAAAAUAAUCCGAUGUCUCCUCAAAGGGAAAAUCGUCGUUUAGAUAAUAGCCGACCACAUAUUCGUAACGAAAAAUCCACAGAUAAUAUUGCACUUCAACGAUUCAAAAACUAUAUGCGCGAUAAAAGACGUCGGUGAUGAUUUUAUUCCCUCCUAUUUUUUUAUCUUGACAGGACAAUGUUUCUUCUUUUUUAGUGAUAUUAUGUUUUAAGGUAUAUUGUAUAAUUCAAAUGUACAUUGUAAAUAUGAUUUAUUACUAUUAUUAUGACUAUUA